CUUCCACAGCAAAGAGUUUAUAUCCACCCCCUGCCGUCCCGGACCGCGAAGAGGCGCGCGGUCCACGAGUUCUUCGAGCAGGUGUGUGGGUCUGAAAAACCUUCUGGCCAAAGAAAACCCCGUGCUGAGUCGCUCUAGCUUAGAUGUUGACCCUCAAGUCAGCCAUUACUGGUUGCGGGGAGAACGGACUGUUGCAGAGGGCCACAGGAGAGGACGGAUCGAGCCCAUGAGAUUCCAGAUUGAUGACAAACCUCAUCAGAUCAGGAUCCCGCAGCAGCUUCCUGAGUUUGUUCCUCUUGAGGCAGAGAUCUCUGCUGAUGUUCCUGUUAUCACUUUGGCUCCUGACCUGCUCCCCUUGUUCAGGAGACAGUUUGACAACAACAUCUUCAUGGGUGCCAAUCUGGAAGAUCCAUGCUGCUAUGGUCACACACAGUUUCACAUGGUCCCCGAUAGGUUCCGCAGGGACAAAAUGAGCAAGAGAGGUCUCUCUGAUCAGGUCGAGGUGUCACUGAGAGCCAACGGUAUUGCCAGCCUGUUUGCAUGGACAGGGGCGCAGGCUAUGUAUCAAGGUUUUUGGAGUGAAGAGGACGUGAGUAGGCCAUUUGUGUCUCAGGCUGUCAUCACAGAUGGGCAGUUCUUCUAAUUUUUCUGCUAUCAGCUCAAUACUCUGGCUUUGAGUCCAAGGGCUGAUGGCAACAAUAGCAGGAAAAACUUCUGCUGGGGCACAGAAAGCAUGCGUCUGUGUGAGGGAAUCACAGACGGAGACAUUGUGGGCUUGAAUGAUGCCGUUCUUAAACUGCUGCUGCAGUUUUUAUUGAACAAACCACAGUUUUGAAAAUGCUGAAGUACAGAAAAUAUUAUAUGAUUGUUCUGCAUGUCAAUAAACAAUAUAUGGAGCUGCAUGUUAUUUUUGUC